ACAAUACGAAUUGAUUUCUUAUUCCCAUAAUUUUGAUUGCGUCGUGUACUCGCACAUCGCAUUGCUAUAAUUUAAAACAUAAAAUGAUGAAAAAAAAACUAAAAGGUGGAGCUGAAAAGCUUCGUUUAAAAAAAAUGAUCAAUGUCAAAGCUGUUGCCAAUGACCCAAAACAAAAAAAAAUUGAAUUUGGAUUGGAUCGCUCUAACAAAGUAUUCGUAGAUGAUUGUUCAACACAACAAAAACAACAAAGUUGCUCAGUUAAAACUGUAGAAAACAAUCCUUCGAUGUAUUCAACUGCUAAAAAUCAAACCGAGCAAAGUAGUGUAUCCUGUUCGUUUUCGUUACCUGAGGUUGAGGAACAUAUUGCUGCAGAAAAAAUAUAUUCAUUUGUGAUUCCCAAAAAAAGUUCUAUUAAUCAAAAAAUGGAUUUUAUGAAACAACAUCCUUGUCAACCAACUGUACUGCAUAAUGUUUCAUGGUCUCUUUUCAAACUUUAUAAUAGAGAAGAUCAGAGAGGUAAACCCAUUUUGCGAAAAUGGUUGACAUUAUGAUUGCUUAUACCCAACU